AUGGGGAAGGGGUGGAGGAAUGGACUCACCGAGAGAAGGAAAAGAUGCACUACUGUUUUUCUUCCUACACUGCUUCCUUCUGCUACUGCAGGCUCCCACGGGUUGUUCCACGAUUCCACGUCAACUAAAACCAAAACUCGGCCAAAACCAAAACUCUCCCGCCGCGACACUCCGCAAAAAACCCUAGCCGCCCCGACCUCUCUCCUCUCCUUCUCCACUCUCCCGCCGCGACUACCCUCCUGCCCUAGCAGAAGCGAGUCGAGUCCCCGCGUGAAGAGAACCCCCGACCUCUCCCCCCUCCUUCUCCUCUCCUGCCGCUCUGCCGCGCGAAGAGAACCCCCCGACCUCUCCCCCUCCUCCUCUCCUGGCGCGAGCCCUAGCAGAAGCGAGUCGAGUCCCCUUUUGCCGCACGAAGAGGCCUCUCCUGCCGCGAGCCCUAGCAGAAGCGCUCUAAGUAGCUCUUUAUUGGACGGAAUCCCGGUGUUUAUGAUAGUUGGGAAGAAACUCAUACUCAAGUUAAACAAAUAUAGCAGUGCAUUGCAUAGAUCAUAUCUCAGUAAAGAGGAAGCAUUUAGAGCUUUUAAUUCAUACAAGGAGAAACAACAUGGUUUCUUUGCCCCUACUGUCCAAAAAUGUUCAAGCUCAACUUUGGGUUCAACUUUGCAUCCUCAAGUUCUAGUGAAAAAAUGAAGCAGACUGAAGAACUAGCGAAGUUGAUAAAAAGUCAGCUAGAUUUAGCUGAUGAAUAUCGUCGUAAUGCAGCUAAGAUCGUCGAGAUGUGUGAAGAGAUAAAAAAAAUGGACUCUGUUCAUAUUAGUGAUUAAUCGGUAGACUUCUUUAUUUAGUUGGAUAAAUGUAUUUUAUGUUAGACUUUUUUAUUAAGUUGGAUGAAUGUAUUUGACAGGAGACUUUUUAUUUAGUUGAAUGAAUGUAUUUGACAGAGUUGAAUGAAUGUAUGUAUUUGACAUAA